CCAAAUAGAACUAUCAACAAAAUCACCUAAAGGCUUUACCAACAUCAGGCCAAGAAGGUGACCAUUGAAAACCGCUCCCAAAUUUCUAAUCAAUGGACCCAAUUUUAGGGAGAGAAACUCUGUUGGUCUCCAACAAUGGUUUAAGUCCUAGUCUUUAAUUUCUUCCUUCUCAGACACUCUGGUCUCCACCAAAAGGACAAUACUUGAUGAGAUGCAGCCAUUUUGUCGGUCAGCAGGAGCUCAGAAGCCAGAAACUGUCAUGGUGGUAGAAGACAGCAUUGUUCUCCUCAGCAGCAGACCAUCCCUGAAAAGCUCCCAGAUCACUGUGACAAUCAAGUGAAGGAGGGGCUUUUCUUUAGGGAAACUUAUGUGAACACUGUAUGAGACACUGGACAGACUGCUUUGAAUUUCUUUCCUUUUAGCCUUUUUCUUUUUGAUACUUAAUUGCUACAUCUCAAAAGCCUAAAAUAGCCAAGACAACUCACAGCAUGGAGGGAUCUGUAGAAAUGUUUGGAGAUAUUAACCUCACUCUUGGGAUGCUGAAUAAAGAAGAUGUCAUCAGUAAGGAAGAUGUUUACAGUCAUCUGACCUCAGUUAUUCAGAAUACUGACAUUUUGGAUGAUGCAAUUGUCCAAAGGCUUAUUUAUUACACCUCUAAGGAUAUGAGAGAUGAAAAUAUUCCCCAAGAACUCAGAAUGCUAGCUGGUGAGGUUUUUGUGUCUCUGGCUGCUCAUGAUUUUAAUUCUGUGAUGUAUGAAGUGCAGAGUCAUUUCAGAAUCCUAGAGCUACCAAAUGAAUUCGUUGUGCUCGCCCUGGCUGAACUGGCAACAAGUUAUGUGUCCCAGAGCAUCCCCUUCAUGAUGAUGACCCUGCUCACCAUGCAAACCAUGCUCAGGCUGGCCGAAGAUGACAAGAUGAGGCAAACAUUCUGUAUCGCCCUUGAGAAAUUCAGCAAAGCCAUUUACAAGUAUGUCAACCACUGGAGAGAUUUCCCCUAUCCCAAAUUGGAUGCCAAUCGACUUUCUGACAAAAUCUUCAUGCUAUUCCGGUACAUAAUGGAGAAAUGGGCCCCCACAGCCCCACCCAAGAAUAAUGUUUCAAAAGAACAACAGAGAGUUAACAGCGAUGUGCGCUGGCUUCCUCUACAUACACUGGCCCUGGUGAAGGCCCACGGGCCCACCGUGAGCCUGCUCCUGCACCGGGAAGAUUUCUGCGAAUUUUCCCUGAACCAGGUACCCUGGCUCCUCAGCCAGUAUGGCAACAAAGAGAUUGAUUUCCACAUCACUCAGAGUGUAAAGCAGAUACUGACUGCAGCAGUCCUUUAUGAUGUUGACCUUCCUAGGGCUUUGAAAAAAUCCAUCUUUAUCAAUUUACUCCACCAGAUCUGCAGAGGUCCAGAGUCUCCUUUAGAAAGUGAAAUUGAAGUUACAAGCUGUUUCCUCAUUCUAGCCCAUUCAAAUCCUGCAGAACUGGUGGAAUUUUUUGAUGAACAAAUAAGAAGUAACAAUGAAGUGGUUCGAAUGAAAAUCUUGACAUUGUUGAGAUCAGCAGUCAAUGCCGAGGAGCCCAAGCUGAGAAAUCACAUCAUUUCAAUUGAAAAAAUAGUCAAAGCUGUCAUGAGUGACCUCAAUCCAAAAGUAAGGAUUGUCACCCUUCUUCUCAUCCAAACCAUGUGUGAAAAGUCCUACAUCGAAGCACGGGAAGGAUGGCCCUUGAUUGACUACGUCUUCACCCAGUUUGCAGCAUCCAGCAGGAAACUGGAGAAACCUGUGAAAACUAAUUCCCCAGAAGAUGAGAUGGGAGAGAAAUCUGUCCAAGAUACAAGCCUUGAAGUUUUAAAGACCCUGGACCCGCUGGUGAUUGGAAUGCCUCAGGUGCUAUGGCCAAGAAUUCUUGUUUUUGUGAUACCUGAAGAAUAUACCGGAACACUGGACUACCUGCUAAACAUUAUCAGAAUCCUGAUUAUGGCCGAGGAAAGGAAGAAGAAUAAUGUCACAGAGUCCACAGCCCUUGUAGUCUCUCCAGGAGCUGUGAAACUCCCUUCACCUCAGCAGCUACUGGCAAGACUUCUGGUAAUAUCUAUUCUUGCCAGCUUAGGGAAGUUAUGUGGGGCCAGUGCAAUAGGACUGUUAAAGAUACUCCCUGAGAUGAUUCACCCCAAGUUGGUGGACCUGUGGAAAACACGCAUACCCGAGCUCCUACAGUCUAUGGAAGGAAAGAGUGCUAGUUUGGUGUUGUGGGAAACCAUGUUGCUUCAGUUGCUCAAAGAAUCUUUGUGGAAGAUCAGUGAUGUGGUCUGGACCAUUCAACUGAGCCGAGAAUUUAACCAGCAGAUGAACAGUUACAGCAACGCUUCCAUUGAGAAGAAAUUUCUUUGGAAGGCCUUGGGAACCACUUUAUCUUCCUGCCAAGACCUAGACUUUGUAAGCUCACAGCUUAAGGAAUAUCUGAUUGCUCCCAGCCAACUAGGAGACCAAAGACAGGGAACAGCAUCUAUUUUAGGAUGCUGUGCUGAGAACCACUUGGAUACUGUUCUAAAAGUUCUUAAAGCAUUCCAAGAUGAAGAAAAGUUUUUUAUGAAUCGAUGUAAGAGUAUUUUUUCUGGGAAAAAGAGCCUGACCAAGACGGAUGUCAUAGUAAUCUAUGGUGCUGUGGCUCUCCAUGCUCCCAAGCGGCAACUCCUCACCAGGCUGCAUCAGGAUAUCAUGACCCAAAUCCUGUGUCUUUAUGGCCAGUGCUCUCAGGUUCUAGGCAUGUCUGUGAUGAACAAGGACAUGGAUCUGCAGAUGAGCUUCACCAGAAGCAUCACUGAGAUUGGCAUUGCUGUCCAGGACGCCGAGGACCAGAGCUUCCAGUUUUCCUACAAGGAGAUGCUAAUCAGCCAGAUGCUGGACUUCAUACGGGAUGAGCCCCUGGAUUCCUUAGCUAGUCCAGUUCGGUGGAAAGCCUUAAUUGCCAUCAGAUAUCUAAGUAAACUGAAACCUCAGCUUCCACUAAAUGAGCACCUCAAUAUUCUUGAAGAGAAUAUUCGAAGACUGCUGCCCCUUCCUCCUCUAGAGAAGCUUAUGAGCCAGGGAGAGACUAACAACGACAAGGAGCACAUUCGCUUUCUCCACGAACGGUCCAUGGAUGCCCUAAGUAGGCUUCUGAGGACCAUGAUGUGGGACGACUCGAAUGCAGAGAACUGUCAAGAGAUGUUUAACCUUCUCCGAAUGUGGCUUGUUUCACCAAAAGAGUGGGAAAGAGAAAGAGCAUUCCAGAUCACGGCAAAGAUACUGACAAGUGAUAUUGAGGCACCAAAGAACUUCAAGAUCGGCUCUCUCCUGGGGCUCCUGGCUCCUCACUGCUGUGACACCCUGCCCGCCAUCCGUCGGGCAGCUGCCAGCUCCACUAUUGCUCUGUUCUGUAUGAAAGGCAUUCAUCUGGAGCUAGAAAGACUGCAGAAUUUACAAGAGGGGAUAGAAUGCGAUGAUGUCCAGGUCCAGAUCAAGAUUUCCUCUAAAAUAGCUAAGAUUGUCUGUAAAUUCAUCCCAACUGAUGAAAUUCAGAUGUUCUUGGAAGAAACUCUAGAUGGCCUGGAAAGCCUCAACCCCAUGUGCAUGAAGGCCUGCGGCAUUUGGAUGAUUGCAGCUUUGAAGGAGCAUGGAGCAUCGCUGGAACAUCAGUUGCUGGAGAUUCUGAGCACAGUUUACCACCACAUGCCAGUUCUCAGACAAAAGGAGGAAAGUUUCCAGUUCAUGCUAGAAGCCAUCUCGCAGAUCGCCAGCUUCCACAUGAACCCGGUGGUUGUCAGCCUUUUACAGAAGCCUCUGCCCUUUGACAGGGACACAAAGAUCCUGUGGAAGGCACUGGCAGAAAACCCAGCCUCCAGUGGCAAGCUCAUUCGGGUCUUGAUAGACAAACUGGAGACCAGGUUAGAAGAUGACAUCGCUGGGAUUGAAGCAAUUUCAGUGGCCUGCGCUAUGUAUGAAGUGGUCUCAAUAGGAGUGCCAGUCACCACCUUGUACCCAGAGCUAUUCACUCUCCUCUUGAAGCUGGUCAGCUGCACUCUUGGCCAGAAGAUGCCCACUUCAGCCCUGAGCAACAGGAGGCGUGUGAUGCAGCAGGGGGAACGGCAGCAGGACCCAGACCCCUGCAGGCUCUCAACUGCAACUCUGAAGUGCUUGCAAGCCCAAGCCAUGCGAGAAGGCCUUGCAAAGGAGUCUGAUGAGGGGGAAAAUUUAUGGGCUCUACUUAGCAAUCCUGACACCCAUCAUAUAGGAGUGUGUGCUCUGGCCAGGAGCAUGGCAGUCUGGCAACACAGCAUCAUACUGGACAUCAUGGAGCUUCUACUCCCCUCUCUCACUUCCUCUUCAGAAACCUACCGCAUAACGGGCACAGCUUUCUUCUCUGAGCUCAUGAAGGAGCCAGUCCUGUGGAAGCAUGGGAACCUGCGAGAUGUCCUGAUCCUGAUGGACCAGAGUGCCUGGGAUUCCAAUGCCACGCUCAGGCAAAUGGCUAUUCGAGGGCUUGGGAACACAGCAUCCGGGGCCCCCCACAAGGUGAAGAAGCAUAAGCAGAUAGUUUUGGAAUCUGUCAUCAGGGGCCUGUAUCAUUUGGCUCGCACUGACGUCGUCUGUGAAAGCCUGAAGGCUCUCAAAAAGAUUCUGGAGCUGCUCACGGACAGAGAUGUGAGCUUCUACUUUAAGGAGAUAGUGCUUCAAACAAGAACCUUCUUUGAAGAUGAGCAAGAUGAUGUGAGACUGACUGCCAUCGUCUUAUUUGAGAACCUGGCAUCCCUAACAGGAAGGCAAUGGAAGUCAUUUUUUGCUGAAGAGAUAAAAAAGAGCAUGAUUUCAUUCCUUCUCCACCUCUGGGAUCCCAAUCCCAAGAUUGGAAUUGCUUGUCGUGAUGUCUUGAUCAUCUGCUUCCCUUUCCUGGGCCUUCAGGAGCUGUAUGGUGUGCUAGACCACCUCCUUGAUCAAGACCUACCAAGAGCAAGAGAUUUUUAUAGGCAAUUUUGUAUGAAACUGGCAAAGAAAAAUCAGGAAAUCCUGUGGAUCCUCCAUACGCACUCAUUCACCUUUUUCACCAGCAGCUGGGAGAUGAUCAGGAGUGCAGCUGUGAAACUCACAGAUUCCAUUGUCGUCAAUCUGACCAGCCAAUAUAUGGAGCUAUUAGACAGAGAACAACUAACCACACGGCUCCAAGCACUUCUGCUGGAUCCCUGCAUCAGUGUCCAAAGAGCAGCUGAAGCUGCCUUGCAGACCCUCCUGAGAAGAUGUAAAGAGACAAGUAUCCUUCUGUAA